GAAUCAUUUCCCAAAGAACCUCAACUUUAUCGCUUAAAUUCUACUCCAUUUUCUAUCUCGGUAAAACCUUUUGAUCUUUCUUAAAGAAAUCGCUCCAUAACCGUAGUUUUUCUGAUCACCUACUCUCUCUCUCUCUCUCUCUGAAGUUCUCCACAACGAACGCCAGAAAUUUUUGCAUUUUGAAUUGAAGUCUGUCUGCAGCAGAAGUUCAUAUUUGAGGUCAGCAAAAGCAUCUAAUAAUCGGUCUUGAGAAUAAUGAAUAAACAGCUGGUGGAGAUUCAGCCUCGUGAACUUAAGUUCAUAGUUGAGGUGAAGAAACAGAGUUUAUGUACCGUUCACCUUGCCAAUGUCAGUGGCCAAUAUGUAGCUUUCAAGGUGAAGACUACAUCCCCAAAGAAGUACUGUGUGAGACCCAAUGUAGGUAUAAUCAAGCCAAAAUCAACAUGUGAAUUCACAGUUACCAUGCAAGCCCAGAAAUCGGCUCCCUCAGAGAUGCAAUGCAAGGAUAAAUUCCUGAUUCAGAGCACAGUGGUGCCAUUUGGCACAACAGAAGAGGAGAUUACAUCUAGCAUGUUUGCAAAAGAAAGUCAAAAGUAUAUUGAAGAGACCAAGCUCAGGGUUGUUCUUACUAGUGCUCCCAGUUCUCCAGCAAAGCCUGAUAUAGCUUUUAAGCAAGAGUCUUAUGAGAAUUUGGUGCCAAAAGGACCCCAAUCACCUGUUUUGCUGCCUGUUAAUGAAGUUAUUAAGCAAGAACCAUCAUAUGAGACUUCCAUGCCAAAAGAUAAAUUGCAGAAUGGAGUUGAAAACUUUCCUCCUGAUAUGCUAACUAAGAAGGCAGAGCCAAUCAAUAAUGUCAAUAACAUGGAAGAGUACAGAUCGCUUAAAGUCAUGGAAAGUCUAAAGUCAGUUCCUGCAAAGGAUGAGGAGUUUUACCCUGACAAGCAUGAGGAAUCAAAGCAAUUGGAAGAUGCAGGAGAUGCAGAGUUGAAGCCAUCAAAAGAUAUUGAGGAAUUGAGAGCAAAGAUUAGCGCCCUGAACUCCAAGCUAGUUGAGGCUGAGAACACAAUUGAGAAGCUAAAAGAAGAAUCAAGCAACACCAUGCGCGAAAAGGAAACACUAAAGCAAGAAUUGGCCAUCUUGAAGAGAAAAAGCGGUCCAAGGAAAGUUCAAGUUGGUUUCCCCCCACUGUUUGUCUGCAUGGUCGCACUGAUUAGUUUGAUGAUUGGGUUCUGGUUUUGAGCUUAGUGUACGGGUUCGACAUCAAUCAUAAAAAUGUACUUGAAUAUGCCAGGUAUAGAACAGGUGGUGGCCGGUUUAACAAGCCAUCCCAUGUAUUUUGCUUGUUGAUAGUGUUAGUAGGAAGUCAUAAUAUCUUUGGAUGUAGAAAGUAUUGAUUUUAUAAAUAAAAAUGGGAGUUUUGGUUUCGAUUUUA